AUGAAAGAGGGUUUUUGUGCUGUUGGCCGGGAGAUAUCCGCUGGCCGCAAGUACAGUGGAAAAGACGAUGGCGGAGGAAGUUUGAUGUGGCAGAGGGAUGGAGAGCGCAGAUCUAUCACUGCCACAGGCGAGUCGGUCGGUCGCCGAGUAGGCGGCUGCGAUGGCACGAUGGCGGCUUUCAGUCGACGUCGGUGGCGGCAGCAGACAUUGCCGGCCCAAGCAGCCCGAGGAGAGCAACCCACAGCCAGCAAGCACCUCGUCUCGUUGUAA